AUGAAUAGUUAGAAAUUUUAUUAUGGAGAAGACAUAAUUGAAAAGACCAGAGAAUAUUAACUUUCAACUUAGAUAACAAGUAUUGCAAGAUCAAAGAGUGAAAAUAGAGGAUUGAUUAAAUUGAAAUCAAAAUCAAAGACUUCUAAUUCUCCCUUUUCAAAAUCCUAAUUAAGUGCUCUUAAGAACAUUACAGAAUAUCAUUAGAGUUCAGCAGGAUAAGAACGUAUAAUUAAAAGAAAAAUGUUGUGUAUUUAAAGAGAACUUCCUAAUUAAGAUAUCUCUGGAAGUUAGUUAUCUUCUUAAAAUAAAAUAACAAUUAUUAAAGCACCCUUUAAAAAGAUUUAAAGAUCUGCUGAAAAGACAUUAUCAUUUAGCAAUAAAAUGAAAUCUCAUCUACAUAGUUUUGAUAAUGAAUAAUAAUUUAUUUAAACUUUAAAUUAAAAGGAUCAAAAACCAGAAAGAAUUGAUAAAUUAAUUAAAGCUAGACUUGCUAAAAUGAUUAAUCAUACUCAUUAAAGAUCAUAGUAAACUGAAAUUUCAAGUGAAAAACUAAGACUUCCAAGUUAAUCCUCUUUUCGUAGAGAAAGUUAAAAAGAAUUUAAAGAUAAAAAGUAUAAUUCUAAAAAAUAUUAGAUAAGUUGAAUUAAAGUAAUAAAUUUAUAAAUUAAUAUUGACAUUCGAAUAUACAUGUCAAAUUUAUUAAGGAAAAAACAAACUUGAAAACUUUUUAGGUAAUGAAUAAAAAUAUGUUGGAUAUAUGAAUUUUACUUAUAAUUUAACAAAUUUACCUUUAAAUAUUGAAGUAACUCUAUAAAGAUAUAUUAUAUUAGGGAUUAGGAUAAAUGUUUAAAGGAACAAAAUAUUUACUCAAAACAUUAAAGCCUUGUAUUCCAUAAAAUUUAGAAAAAUUGAUUUUUGAAGAUUUGGAAUGUCAAAAGUUUCGAUAAUUAACCUUUUAGUUUUAAAUAUUCUAUAUCUUGAAUAACCAUUCAGAAUUGAUAGAUACAUUUACCAAUUAGGUAAUUCGAUUUUCGCAGAGAUAAUCUAAAGAAUGUUUAGAUUUAUAUCGUAUUAUUGAAAAGUAAUUUUUAAUGAAAAAUUUUAAUGAUAUUGAAUAAAUAUAAAAGCUUUUUGAGAAGAAUUUUGAUUAAUCAUAUGAACUAUUGUUAAAUGAAGCUAAAUCAUUUUGUAAUUUAGAAAUUGAAUAUGAUUAUGUAAAAUAACUUUAUUGUUUUUGUAUAAAAGUUUAGGAAGCAUUAUCAUAAAAAAUUUAGUAUGAAGGUAAUAAAAAACAAAUUUAUGAAAAAGGAUUUGAUUUUAAAACUGCCUUAUCUAAAAUAAAAUCUAAAGAUGUAUAUAUAUUAUAUGAUUAGAUAAAUCAUGAUAAAUUAUUUGCUUAAUAUAUACCAUAAAAGCAUGAGAUUAUUCAUAAAUUAGAUUAAUUUGAAAAUAAAUUUGGUAGAAUUGAAUCUAUUUCCAAUAUUUAAAGAGAAUAAGCAAAAUUAGCUGAUCUUAAACACAACUAACUAUAUGAAAAGAUUCUCAAAUUAUAAAAAUAAAUAGAAUGA